AUGUCUAAUAAAACUAUUUUAGCUGUUGAAACAAGUUGCGACGAAACAGCUGUAGCUAUUGUAAAUAGCAACAAGCAGAUCCUUGCUCAUGAGAUUCUUUCUCAAAAAGAACAUAAAACAUGCGGUGGCGUGAUACCUGAAGUAGCAUCACGCGCACAUAUGAAUCAUUUACGCAACUUAAUAGAAAGCGCCAUAAAAAAAUCCAACCUUGAUUUUUAUAGCUUGGAUGCAAUUGCGGCAACUUCAGGACCUGGACUGAUGGGUGGGCUAAUAGUUGGAACUAUGAUGACUAAAGCUAUCGCUCAUGUAACAAAAAAACCAUUUAUUGCCGUUAAUCACUUAGAGGCGCAUGCGUUGGUAGUGAGAUUGCUAUAUGAAGUAAAAUUUCCAUUUUUAGUUCUAUUAAUAUCAGGUGGUCAUUGUCAAUUCUUGAUUGCACAGGAUGUAAGCAAGUAUAUCAAAUUAGGGGAAACUCUUGACGAUUCACUAGGAGAAGCCUUUGACAAGGUUGCCAAGAUGUUAGGCUUGGAUUAUCCAGGAGGACCGUUAGUCGAAAAACUUGCUAAAAAUGGUGAUGGCACAAGAUUUAAUUUUCCAAGAGCGAUGAUAAAACGUCCCGGAUGUAAUUUUUCAUUUUCUGGUAUUAAAACCUCAGUGAAAAAUUUGUUACAAAAGCUUAAAAUGAAUGAGCAAGAUAUUUAUGACGUAUGUGCUUCAUUUCAAGAAUGUAUAAGUGAUAUAUUAUUAGAUAAAGUGAAUCAAGCAAUCGCUAUGGCUGAAUCUUUAAACAUAAAAAUCCAUGAUUUUGUUAUUAGCGGAGGAGUUGCAGCAAAUAAAUUUUUGCGAGAUAGGUUAGAAAAACAAAUAAACUUAAACGUACUCCCCCCCCCUCCUCAUCUAUGUACGGAUAAUGCAGUCAUGGUAGGUUGGGCGGGAAUUGAAAGAUUGCAAAAAAAUUAUAUAAACUCGCUUAAUUUCCCACCAAGAUCAAGAUGGGAGCUGGAGAAGAUCUUGCCUAAACCAUACAGCCCCACUAUAUAACUAUAUAUUAUCCUCGUUUAAAGUUAUUAUGUGACAAGUAUUACAUGGAUGCGCCAAAACAAUAUAGGAGGUGUGUAGAGUAAUACAAAACAGUAAAGAGAGUAUAGCAAAGCUUGCAGAGCACUAUAAUCUUAAUCCGAAGGCUAUUGUAAAAUGGAAAAAACGCUCAUUUGUUAUAGACGCUGCAAUUGGCCCAAAACAUGGAAAAUCAAAGAUGUCAACUCAAGGGGAAGAAGCAAUAAUUGUCACUUUUCGCAAGCAUAUACUUCUUCCUUUGGACAAUUGCCUUUAUUCUUUGCGGGCCAUAAUUCCUUGUUUAACUCGGUCUAGUUUGCAUCAUUGUUUGCAAAGACACGGCAUUAGCAUACUGUCAGAUGUUGAAGGAGAGAUAAAAGCCAAAAAGAAAUUCAAGCUAUGUCCAAUCGGUUAUUUCCAUAUUGAUAUCGCAGAAGUUAUAACAGAAGAAGGGAAGUUACAGCUAAACUUGCUUAUGUUAAACUGCAUAAUAACGCUAUAA